AUGAAGCACGUGUUUGAAGAAGCCAUGCUCUUACCCAUCCAGAUGAGCACGUGGAGCGGGGGAGGAGGAGGGGGAGUAGGAGGGGGAGGAGUGAAAGGAGGGAAACACCUCUCCAACAGCAGCUCCUCACCCAUGUCCCCCAUUGUUUUUGGAGAUUAUUAUCACUUCAGGCAUCAUGCCGUGGAGAAGAGAGCUGUGUCUGGCCACUCGGGGAUGCACAUCAGACUGCAGAAAGAACCACAGGUCCUGUGGGCAGAGCAGCAAGUGGUGAAAAAAAGGAAGAAGAGGGAUAUCUAUGAAGACCCAACAGACCCCGAUUUCCCCAAGCAGUGGUACCUGACCACCCCGUCACAUCAAGACCUGAAUACCAAAAUAGCCUGGGCCCAAGGCUACACAGGGAAAGGUGUUGUGGUGACAAUCCUGGACGAUGGAAUUGAAAAGGACCACCCAGACCUCAUCAGCAAUUACGACCCUGAGGCCAGCUACGAUGUUAAUGAUGGAGAUGCUGAUCCCCAACCAAGAUACACGCAGCGAAAUGAGAACAGACAUGGAACUCGAUGUGCGGGAGAAGUCGCAGCAGCUGCUAACAACGGCGUGUGCGGUGUGGGUGUGGCCUAUAACGCUAAAAUUGGAGGAGUUCGCAUGUUGGAUGGCGAGGUGACAGACGUGGUGGAGGCCCACUCUCUGAGCCUUAACCCGCAGCACAUCCACAUUUAUAGCGCCAGCUGGGGCCCAGAGGACGAUGGCAAGUCACUGGAUGGCCCCGCCAAGCUGGCUAAAGAGGCUUUCCUACAGGGAAUCACCAAGGGACGUGGCGGGCAAGGCUCCAUCUUUGUGUGGGCCUCGGGAAAUGGAGGCCGGGAACAGGACAGCUGUAACUGUGACGGCUACACCAACAGCAUCUACACCCUCUCCAUCAGCAGCACCACGCAGUCCGGCAGCGUGCCGUGGUACAGCGAGCCCUGCUCCUCCACUCUCGCUACGACUUACAGCUCUGGAAACCCGGGGGAGAAACAGAUAGUGACCACAGACCUGAGGCAGAAAUGCACAGACUCUCACACGGGGACGUCGGCCUCUGCCCCGCUGGCUGCUGGGAUCAUCGCUCUGGCUCUGGAGGCUAAUAUGAACCUGACCUGGAGGGACAUGCAGCACCUGGUGGUGAGGACGUCCCGGCCCGGACACCUCAGCGCCGGAGACUGGAAGACCAACGGGGGGGGGCGCAGAGUGAGCCAUUCGUACGGAUACGGGCUUCUGGAUGCAGGCGCCAUGGUGUCCUUGGCGCAGAACUGGACCACAGUGGGGCCACAGCAUCAGUGUGUUCUCAACAUGCUCACAGAACCGAGGGACAUCGGGAACAAGCUGGUGUUCAGCAAGAGCGUGGAUGGCUGCUGGGGACGACCGGAGUACGUUAACUCUGUGGAACACGUUCAGGCUCGCCUCACCCUCUCACACAACCAGAGAGGGAAAUUGGCCAUUCAUCUCAUCAGCCCACUGGGCACACGAUCCACCUUGCUGUUCCCCAGGCCCAAUGACUUCUCCUCAGAGGGAUUCAACGACUGGGCCUUCAUGACCACCCACUCAUGGGGCGAGGACCCUCAAGGGGAAUGGACACUGGAAAUAGAAAACGUGGCAGCUAAUGGACGUGACUAUGCUGUGUUAAGUCAGUUCACCCUCAUCCUGUGGGGUACCGGACCCAGCGUCAUCAACCCCUCGUCUUCGGACUUCCCUCGGCCGUCCAACAACAGCUGCAAGACGUUUGAUGCCCAGCAGAUCUGUAUCGAGUGCAGCCCCGGCUCCUCCCUCUUCCUGCAGGGCUGUGUGAAGCUGUGUCCUCCGGGCUUCUCCUCCGGUCCCCAGCUCCUGAACCUCUCUCUGGAGAACUGGGUGGACCUGUCCUCGGUGCAGGCCUGCCUGCCCUGCAGCUCCGCCUGCCUCACCUGCUCCGGCAGCGGCCCCACAGACUGCCUGUCCUGCCCCCCCCACAGCCACCUGGUGCUCACCUCCUGCCUGCACCAGAACCAGGUGCAGCGCAAGUCCCCUCUGGCUGGGGGGCUGCAGGGGGACGAAGCCCCCUCGGAGCAGGAGAGUCCAGCAGCAGCAGAUGACAGCGGAGAGGGGGAGGAGCCUCCGGGGAUCAGCGUAGCUCCGUCCAAUCAGCUACCUGUGGUGGUGGCCGUGCUCAGCUGUGCCUUCAUCCUGGCUGCGUUCGCCGGGGUCUUCCUCUUGCUGCAGGUGCGCUCAGGGGGCUUUUCUCUGGGCUGGAGGACCAAACUGCCCUCUGUGUAUUCAGAGAGCAGGGGGGUGCGGGUGGGCUUCGGGUUCGGCUUCGGCCCAGGACAGGAGAGGAAGGCCCGGAUAUGCUACAAGGGGAUCCCCACUGUGUGGGGGGACGAGGACACCAUCACCUACCAGUCUGAAUCAGACAGCGAGGAGGGGGACGGGCACAGCGAGAGGACAGCUUUCAUCAGGACGCAGAGCCUGAUCUAGAGUCAGCCUUUAGAGCUGACUGUGCUGAGCUGAGACAUGAAGGAGGAUCACACAAACACAGGCCUUACUGUCCGACAGCACAUCAAUUUGUUCAUGUAUUUAUUAAUGUAUCUUAUUUGAUUUAUAUUUUGAUGUCAGAUGUAUUCAUUAUGCACCUUCAUCACCAAUUUGAGGUGUUAUGCAACAAUGUUACUUAUUUAUUUCUUUGAUGACCUGCUUAGCAUAUUUUGACCAAUUUGUGGAAGGCGUUUUAUAGAAAUGUGGUAUUGCACUCCCAUAGAGUUUGUGGGCUUAAAGGAAGAAGAAAUUGAGGAAAUAUGUAAAAAUCAAAGCAGCAGAGGCUGAGAUAUCCUGGAUUCUAUUCCAAAGUAACAUCUAAAACCCUGAAUCCCAUAAUGCAAUUCAAAAGCACCUUUUGUAAACUCCCUCUGCCUGGUUAAUGCCCUUUUUUUUCAAACUCCACACCCCCAGUUUCUGAAAUAGCACUGUUGUCUCGGAGCUCUUAUGACUUUAUCAGGCUUAUUUAUUCAGACUUGUGAAAGCUCCUCCAGAAGUACAGAGGAACAUUAUACAGCCCUGACAGGCUGAAGAGUACGCUCUGAAGAGGGAAGUGAACUCCAUGUUUAAGAUGUCUGGAGUGCUUCUCUGAGCCAGUGGAGCGCAUUUCUUUCUGAGAUAUGCAUUGAUUCAUCCCCAACAAAAACACCUGGCCCUCAGCAAAGGCACAUAAUAAAUUGGAGGUAUAUUUGUAUCAGAUUCCUUGGCAGAUUGGGCCAGCGGUCGUGAAGUUGACAGCGUUGUUCAUUAAUAGUAAGAAAACUUUAAAUUGAAGAUUUCUGUGGCGUACUGGGACGGCAUAAUAAAACAUCCCGCCGGCUGUUUGAUAAGCAGGGAAAUGUGGAGGAUGCUCUGUUUUCAAUCAAGUCCCAGAGGGAAUUGCCACCGCAGCACAGACGUAUGAGAUAUAUUAGUCAUAAAAUCUCAUUGAGUUGUUGUGGAGUAGCACUGUUUUUUGGAUGAAAUGAAGAUACACUUAGCCCUUAGCUGCUCAGCUGACCUGUACUACUUUCUUCCCGGUAGCUGACAGUAAGAAAUUAGAUCAUUUUUCACUUCAUUUUCACCACAGUGCAUAUAUUGAUUUGGGGCUCCUCUCCCAGGACGUCAGGGAAAACUCCUUCCUUUUCUAUUAUGAGCGCCAUAUACGUUGAUAAACAAACACGUGCUUUAUGUCCUAAUCUAGAACUAGCUACGUACAGUCAAAGCCUUUGGAUUUUAAGACUAAAAUAGUAGUCAUGAUAUCUUGUACAGCAUUUUCUAUGUUUGUUUUAUAUCCUUUUUUAUUUAACUGACAAUGGAUGUUAAUAUUGUGGAGAUCAGUUUCACGCUGGAAUAAAACCAAUUUUGCUGUUGCAUAGAUAAA